AUGCAAUUACGGAAAGUUCGUUCACAGGAAAAUUCAUGCACUAAUUAAGAUUAGCAAAGAAAAAUAGACUCUGCACAAUUUAAAACACAGCCUUGCACUCAACAACAUCCCAGCACUCAUAAAAAGUUUUGCCCCUAUUACCAUGAUGAAUCUGAUCGUCGACGCGAUCCUCAUCAAUUCAAAUAUAAGUGUCAAAUUUGUCCUUAGUUUGAGCAAUGUCCUCAUGGAGAUUUGUGUGCAUUCUCACACAACAAAGUAGAAUAAGUGUACCAUCCAAAUAGAUAUAAGAGCAAAUAUUGCGUAUAGAAUAAGGAUUGUGAAUAUGGAAUCUAUUGCUCAUUUGCCCACAAUGAACACGAAUUGCGAGUCCCCCUUAAAUUAGAAUAAUUGGUACAAGACAAGAAAUUUUGGAUGUUUCAUUAUAAAACAAUAUGGUGUCCAUACAUAGUCGGACAUGACCGAGCCACUUGUGUUUAUGCUCAUAAUGCACAAGAUUUCAGAAGAGAUCCUCAUCAGCUUCAACCAAAGGAAUGCGUUUAUUGGAAUAAAACAGAUUAGAUCCAAAGGUAUGACCAAGGAGGCUGUCCUGAUCAAGAGAACUGUCCAAAUUGUCACGGAUGGAAGGAAUAUGAAUAUCAUCCCUUGAUUUACAAAACAAAACCAUGUGCUUAACCUAAUUGCAUUAAAAAAGAGUGUCCCUUUUUCCAUAAUGAUCAAGAACGUAGAAUACCCAAGUAAUAAAAUGAAAAGCAGUGGAUUAUUUAGGAACCAAAUACUCAAAUUUUGUCGAGGGUUCCUUAUAAGUCCAAUUCAAAUUACUAAGGACCCAUAAUUCCCAGUUACAUUCCAUAAGAUUUGAAUAGAGAGAAAAUGGAAGUUGGGUAGCCACUUGAAUUGUUUAGCACUAUGACCUCUUCGUCAAAUCCACUUUCGAGAAGAGGGUCGGAUUUCUCAGACAGAUAAAAAAAAAAAUGGAAUACCUAACGUAAACAUCAUCGCACAGCUCCUACGACACCAGAUCAAAAAUAAUAGUAAUAAACAAAGAUGCCAUUAAUCAAAUAUUCUCGUAGAUUGUAGGAUGAAUUAUGGAAAUUAUCUGGGUCGGAUUUCAUUUUACACACUCUAGAAGGGAUGAAAAUAACUGAAACCAGUUUGAUGCACAUGAAUGAGAUUAAUCUACUAUCUCUGAAUAUUAGUGAUUAAUAAAAGCAAUAUUUGAUAUCAGCCUUAUUCAAUAUUAAGUAGGAAAAGAACUACGAUGAAAAACACGACGAUGAACUAUUAAAAGAAAGUGCAGGGCAAUUUUGA